AUGAGUAGUGAACCCGUAAAUACGAAACCUAAUCUCCCCGAGCGAUCGGAUUCCUCGUCUUCAUCUUCUGCAGAAACCCAGGGGAUUCACAGUCCUAUCCCUAUUCGACCGCGUUUGCCUAACCGCAAGAGCAGCGGCACUCUCAUAGUUCCUCGAGAUUCCUCUCAAGUUGGCCCACUAGAGCCAGAGCUUGAACCAGAUGAUGUUAGGGCGAUGAGCCCGCGAAGAACGAGCGAGGAUAUCGAGGUUAUGGGACGCGAGGCUCGGGAAGAACUUCAUAAGCAUGCGAGGGCGCUGCAGGAUUCUCUCUUAAUGAUCUUCAACCGAAUAGAGGCAGUCAAGGAGGAACACGACAAGCUUGACAGCCAUAACAAAUUUUUGCAGAAAUAUAUUGGCGAUCUAAUGAGUACAAGCAAAAUUACAUCUACCAACCGAGGCAGGAAGUAG